CACAAAUAAUUGUUUAUGCGCGAAAAAUGCACAGUAAAUAAUAAAAAACAUGGAUACGCAAAUUUUAGAUGCCGUAAAUGACUUUCUGAAAGUGGACUCCUUAGAUGAGGCGUUUGUGAGCGUCAUUGUGUUCAAGUCGGAGGAUGAUAAAGCUACCAAUUUUACAAAUAAUUUGAUUACCGCAUUCGGCAAUGUUGAGAACCGAGAACAGGUGCUGCGCGCGUAUUUGCUUCGCGCGGCGGAAGCACCAAGCUACCACAUGCAGGUGCUGAUGGCGGCUCUGCCCAAAUUGGUGGAUGCACAUCACAUUACAGCAAGAAUGCUCUGCGACAAGGUACUGUCCUGUGAGAAACUUGAUUAUGAGCGGAAGACCUUUUGGAUAGAGAGUUUUCGGCUAAUCAAGAAAGUUAUUUCACAUGUCGACUACAAAGGCGUUCGAGAGAUCAUGAAGGCCUGCAGAGAGAAGGCCCAAUGGUUCCCACUGAAUGUCAACGUCACCUAUCUACCUCAAUUGCUUGCUGUCGAGGAGAUAAUUCGGUUCAUAUUCGAUCGUAACAAUUGCUUGCUGCCCGCUUACUUCAUAGCUAAUGAAAUAAUGCGUCCAUUUCCCUACCACUGGAAACUAAACAAACUGAUGACUGAUUUUGUUGAAGAGUUUCGUGCGACAGCUCAAAUGGUAUCGAUCAUUGGACAUGCAAAUAUGCUGCCCAUUGUCGAACAUUUUGGUUAUGCAGACCACUUGAUGAACUCGUGGCGACUGGAUCACAACUCUUUAAAGUUCAACUUUAAGGGCAGUUUGCCGUAUGAGCCUGAACUGCUGGAGGAUCAAACGCCUCUAUUGCGCUACGUUCUAGAGCAGCCCUAUUCGCGCGAAAUGGUUUCAGUCAUGUUGAAUUUGCAGAAGCAUCAGAAGCAGCGUUACAAUGCGCUCGAGGAACAAUUGGUCAAUCUAAUAAUACAUGCCAUGGAAAUGACGGAAACGAAUGAUGCCACUGCAGGCAGUGGCUUCAAUGCAACUGACGAACAGAUCUCGCAUAACGAAUGGGUGUGGCUACAUCUCUCCUCGCAGCUGAUUUACUUUGUGCUCUUUCAGUUUGUCAGCUUUAUGCACAUUGUGCUGGCUCUGCACGAAAAGCUAUCCAAGCUGGAGCUGCGCAAGGGUCGCGAUCAGCUGAUGUGGAUACUGUUGCAGUUCAUCUCAGGCAGUAUACAAAAGAAUCCCAUCACAAACUUUUUACCUGUCUUUAGACUUUUUGAUCUACUUUAUCCGGAGCAGGAGCCUCUUAAACUGCCUGACUACAACAAGUCUUCACUGGUGCGCCACAUGGCGCCCAUUUGCAUCUGGAUACAUUUAAUGAAAAAGGCGCGAGUGGAGAAUAUGAACAUCACACGGCCUUUGCCGAUUGCGCUUAAGAAUCAUCAUGACUUCCUUCAGCAUCUGGUUGCGCCAAAUAAUAUGAUGAAUGUCACAUUAGGCAAUGAUUUUCGUAUUAUACUCAUCUGCAAUGCAUACUCAACGAAUCAGGAUUACUUUGCGCGACACAUGAAUGUUCUGCUGGACGCCAUGAAUGGCAAUGCAAAGUCAGCAAAUGGCACUCCAAUACCAGCAGUCACUUAUUCCGUCUCGGUGCUCGACAGUCUGACGGUGCACAGCAAAAUGUCACUAAUUCACAGCUUUGUCACGCAAAUGCUGAAACAGGCCCAGAGCAAGACACUGGUGCCAGCGCCUGCACUCAUUGAAACUUAUGCUAGAUUGCUGGUUUACACUGAGAUUGAGUCGCUGGGCAUUAAGGGAUUUCUAACUCAAUUGCUGCCAACUGUAUUCAAGAAUCAUGCCUGGGCCAUGCUACACACGUUAAUGGAAAUGUUCUCUUAUCGACUGCAUCAUGUGCCCACACAUUAUCGCGUGCAAUUGCUCUCAUUGCUCUAUUCGCUCUCCUCCGUGCCACAGACCAAUAAGAUGCAAUUGAAUCUAUGCUUUGAAUCGACCGCAUUGCGUUUGAUUACCAGCAUUGGUUCCGCCGAGUUUCAGUCGCAGUUCUCUCGGUAUUUGAAUGACAAGUCACCUGGAAGCGUGGCAUCUAAUGAAAGCGAGGAACUUAAUCGUGUCCUCAUCUUGACGCUGGCACGCUCCAUGCACGUUCAUGGCGGCGGUGAUGAAUUGGCCGGCUGGUGCAAGGAUUUUCUAUCCAACAUAAUGCAGCACACGCCUCAUUCAUGGCCCGUGCAAUCGCUAGCAUGCUUCCCGCACGCACUGAACGAGUAUUUCCUACAAAACAAUCAUCCGGUUGAGAAUAAGCAACAGCUGAAAAAGUCUGUGGAGGAGGAGUAUCGUAAUUGGACAUCCAUGUCCAAUGAGAACGACAUUAUUGCUCACUUCAUCAGGCCCAAUACAAAUCCAUUGUUUUUGUGUCUGCUUUUUAAGAUCAUCUGGGAAACGGAGAGCAUCAGUCCCGUGGCAUACAAAAUUCUGGAGGGCAUCAGCGCUCGGGCCUUGUCCACUCAUCUGCGCAAGUUCUGCGAUUAUUUGGUUGCCGAAGUGGCCAGCUCCUCGGAUGGUCGCGACUUUAUACACAAAUGUGUGGAUACCAUUAAUAAUAUGAUCUGGAAAUUUAAUGUGGUGACCAUAGAUCGGCUUGUGCUCUGCCUGGCUCUGCGCACACACGAGGGCAACGAGGCGCAGGUCUGUUUAAUCACAAUUCAACUUCUGCUGUUAAAAGCGUCUGAGCUGCGCAAUCGGGUUCAAGAGUUUUGCAAGGACAAUAAUCCUGAUCAUUGGAAGCAAAGCAAUUGGCAUGAGAAGCAUCUGCAAUUUCAUCAAAACUAUCCGGAAAAAUUCGCACCGGAUGAGAGUGCAUCGCAAAUUCCACUGCCCGUUUACUUCAGCAAUGUGUGUCUACGUUUUCUGCCAGUGCUCGAUGUGGUGGUACAUCGCUUUAUUGAGCUAACUAUACCGAAUGUGCAUCAAAUCCUAGGCAUUAUAUUGGAUCACUUGAGUAUACUCUAUAAAUUUCAUGAUCGUCCCAUUACUUAUUUGUAUAAUACAUUGCACUAUUAUGAACGUAUUCUGCGCGAUCGUCUGCCUCUCAAGAAGAAGCUGGUUAGCGCUAUUACAAGCGCGUUUAGCGAGAUACGUCCAGCCAAUUGGUGUGUGAGCGAGCCAUAUAAGGUAUAUUUGCAAAGUCAAGAUCCACUAUGGACGCCUGACCUGAGCUACUAUAUGAAUCUCAUCAGACGACUGGCAGACACUAUCAGUGGCAAAAACGUCUUCUACACCACCGAUUGGCGUUUCAAUGAGUUUCCCAAUGCACCCACUCAUGCGCUCUAUGUGACCUGUGUGGAGUUGCUUGGCCUGCCUCUGGCGCCUUCUGUGGUUGCGGGCAACAUAAUCGAUGUGAUUGUCAAUGGCUAUGCGGUGAUACCGCAAAAAGAGAUACACAGCUAUAUCAAUGCAGUCGGCAUUGUGUUGGCUGCUCUGCCGGAGCCAUACUGGAGUGGCAUUUACGAUCGGCUGCAGGAUAUGCUAAACACGCCCAAUAUGCUCAACUGGACAUAUCGAUUCAAUGCCUUUGAGUUGUUCAACUUUAAGACUGUGCGUGAGGCCAUGCUGGAGAAGAGCUAUGCUGUGGUCUUGGCCGUGGCGCACGCAGUUUUCCAUCAUAUGGGCGCCUUUAAGCUGGCAGCCAUGACCCGAUACAUCAAGGAGAAGCUGAAGCCUUGUGUACGCACCGAACAUCAGUUGCUUUAUCUAUGUCACGUCUUCGGGCCAUUCCUGCAGCGUAUCGAACAGGAGAAACCGAAUGCAGUGGCUGGCAUUGCUAUAUUCCUCUAUGAAAUGCUGGAAAAUGUGGACAAACAUCAUGGACCCAAACCCCUGGAGUAUAUGGAUCAGAUCUGUGAUUUCCUAUAUCACAUUAAGUACAUUCACGUUGGCAAUAUUAUCAAAAACGAAUCAGAGGCAAUUAUCAAGAAGUUGCGACCGCAGUUGCAAAUGCGUUUGCGUUUCAUAACUCAUUUAAAUCUGGAAGAUAUACAUACAGAGAAAAUCGCUGAGGCCAAUGCAAAUGCCAAUGCAAAUUCAACUCAGUCGCCUUUGCAUACUGCACAGCAGCAGCAACAACAACAGCAGCAACAACAGCAGCAACAACAGCAGCAACCACAGCAGCAACAACAACAACAACCACAAGCACCACCAGUGAGUGCAGCAACCACCAGCUUGCCGCUGGGCAGCGGUGGCAAUACUCAGCAGCAAAUGUACUUACAGCACAUGCAGCUUCAACAACAGCAUAUGCAAAAUAUGGGAAUGCGUCACAACUAGAUGAAGACAACAACAACUACAACAAUAAUUAGCCUUAGUUUAAUUCUCUGUAAUUCAUAGUUUUAACUGCUGUCUAGAACUCUUAAUGAUCGCUCUCACACAC